UAAGCAGCGCGUCACCCGCAGCAGCUCCGGGACGGCAAGAUUGUCGCCGCCACCACCGGCACCCUCGCCGACUUCAUACCAUAAGUUGAUUGAGAGUGUUGGAGACGCGUGCUCAACUCGCUCUACCGUUCCGGCGUCCGCACUUACUCGCGAAACAAGAAGCUCGUCAGACAAUCUAACAAGAACGCCCACAAUUACAGGUGAACAAGAGCCGCGACGGUCCAUUCGCGCCACCAAAGGCCAACACACCAAAGCUUUUGAGGCACUCGAGAAUGGCCCCGAACCCCCGAAGCGACGACAAGCAAGUACCAAGAAGGGCAAGAAGGUUGCGCAUAGUAGCCAAGAACCGGAACAAGAGCAGAAAGCAGAUGUCGAUGAAGUCAUUCGCUGCGUGUGUGGUGCAGUCUCCCAAGAUGACGACGACGCCAACGAGCCUUGGAUCGCUUGCGACGAAGAUGAGUGUGGAGUCUGGCAACACAACGUUUGCAUGGGCAUACCCAUUUACGAUGAAGAUAUACCUAAUAAGUACUUCUGCGAGCAAUGCAAGCCCGAACAGCACAAGGAGUUACUGGACGCAAUAGCCAGGGGGGAGAAGAUCUGGGAGACACGCCGUCAGAAGUAUGAAGACGAGAAGAAAAAGGGCAAGAAGGGUAAAAAGGGCAAGGGAAAGAGGGCCAGUGACCCAAAGGAGCGGUCUUCACCCGCCGUUUCGAGUACUAAGGCAAAGGCAUCGCCGGCCCCAUCGGUCAAAAAGGAGGAAGACGUGCCCGAGUCAUCAACCAAGGGGAAGCGCAAGUCUCACGAUCACGCUCAGGGGCCGCAGGCUAAGAUGCGCAAGGUCUCCGAGACCAAGGUGGUCCCAACGGUUCCUGCUGCUCCUGCUAUUCCUACUGUCCCAGAUGUCCCAGAUGUCCCGGCCGAAGCAGAGUACACACCUCCAGUCGAUCUUGCCGAAACCAUCGAAAAGCUUUCAGGACCACGAAAGGCCACUGCCAGCGGACUCAAGAAGUCUCUGGAUGCAGCUCUGGAUCUUGCGGUCAAAGGCGGGCUAUUCAAAAUACCCGCAGGCUCCCAAAAGAAGACCAUCACUGAGCGCCAUGCCGUCGAGAUUGAACGGGCCAAUCAUGAUGCGAACCCUGGCAGUGCGGCAGCGUCACAUGCUAGGAGUCUGAUCUUUAACUUGAAGCGCAAUGUCGAGCUCGCAACCCGAGUCUUCAAUCGGACGUUGGCGCCAACCGCUUUGGCCACGAUGAGCAGUGAUGACAUGGCAACACAAGAGCUCCAACGUGAAACCGCCGAGAUGAAAGCUAGGGCUGACAAGCAGUCCAUACUUAUUAACGAUGAUGGACCUCGUAUGAGAAAGACUCACAAAGGGGAGGAAAUAGUUGAGAACGACAGAUUCACGGCUACCACAGACGAUGUACCGUCGGCUCUUCGUCGCGAAAGCAUUCGAGAAGCCUCGGGGGAGAACGAAAAGCCAACUCAUCGCCGAAGCUCGUCCGCAGACCGAGUCGAGUUGCCUGCUGAUACCGGACGCGGUCCUCUUCGUGUCGACACUCAAGGUACUCAACAACAGGCUAGACAAGGGGUGGAUAUAGACAAGGUUUUCUCCAGCGUCCGAUCACCCUCUACAUCACAUCAACGCCGGCCAUCUGCUCCCACACGUCCAGCUGGGCCAGGUGUUGAUCCCGAGGUAGAUCGACUACUGCAAGACGAUGGUACAGAUUCACCUCCAUACUCACCAACCGAGAAUCUCGACCCGGAUGUGGUUUGGCAGGGUCAUCUUAUGAUGACGAAUGUGGCGGAUCUACCCGUCAUUGCAAAGCAUGUCGGAGGAGCCGAUUUGAGCAAGCUGAAAGACAUCCCCUGGAAGAGCUUGAUUCCACCACUGCUCACCGUUGCUGGCCGCAUCCCCGAGGAGAAGGCCGUACCUUACCUUUGCGGUCUGAGAUAUAACGAUCAAAUUGACCUGGUGAUCACCAGCCUGUCUCCGGCAAAUUCUCUGGACCCUGCUUCUCGUGCUCAGUUCUCAGCCGUUAUUGACUACUUUCGAUCUAAACAGCGGUAUGGUGUCGUUGGCGAAAGGAAAUUGGGGAACGUCAGGGAUACAUAUCUCGUCCCGGUCUCGGAGGGCGAUGGCCCAAUUCCCGAGCCGAUGCAGAACAUAGGCGAUCAUCUUAUCCCUCAGAACCGAUCCGAACCCAUGCUUCUCAUGGUAUUUGUGGUCCGCGACGACCAGCGGGAGCCGGUUCCUCCUGAGCAGCAGGUAGCGCAACUGAACCAACUGAACCCCUCAGCUGCUCAGGCUCCGACUCCUAUGACAGACCGGAAGCAAUCGGUGGCGGCACCAACUUGGUCGCCUGCUACACCGCAGCAGGGGGGAUUUCCAAAUCCUCCGCCUUCUCAUCAGAGCCACACCCCCAUUCCACCUCCAGUCAUCCCUGGUCAACCAGCCGCAUCGAUUCGUCAGACACCGACACCAGCACCGGCAUCAGCACCUGCCCCUCUGCAACAGGGCCAGGAUGUCGAGGCUCUUCGUAGGGCGCAGGCUGAGGGCGAGGUGAAAGCCCGGCAAGUACUUGGUCCCUUGUUCACCAGCCCAACCGUCACAUUCCUCCUUCCCCACGCGAGUAGGAUGAAGGAAGGCGAGUGGAAUGCUGUACGACGAUGCCUGGAACGAGACCCCAGAGCAAGAGAAGACUUACCGCUUCUCAGUAAGCUGCUGACGGAGGAAGGUAACAGCGCAAGGCAGAAUGGGAACGGAAAUGGACAGAGCGCUCAGCAUCAAGGACAUGCAGCUACGGCAUCGCCUAGCGUGGCUCAGUCAACGCUCGCUGCUGCCACUGCAAAUGUGCCACCUGGCGCCCCUCAAGCUCAACCUAAGACUUAGCUUCGCGGUCCUUUGAGUUCGCACUUUUCGUGUGUUAUUGGAACUCAAGAUGAAUUCGAGUACAUACUUUCUUUUGCUCAUAUGCGGCGGGGAGGUGAGACAGGAAUAGGACUUCUCCAGCGAUUAGGUUAGUCAUGAUGCAAAUCACGUAUAAGUAGGAACAAAAGAUACCCAAUCGGUAUUGCCUUGUCUUACCUUCAAACAGAACAGACCGUGAAAUUAGCACUAGAGUGAGUGUUUCUUGCUGAAGUCAGACACCAGGGUAGUGGGACAGCCCCACUUCCUAAUCCUCACCAAAAUAAUCUCCCCUCCGAAUCGCACCCUACGCUGCGCU